AGCAGCGUUGUUUAUCUUUUGUCGCCUGUGGUUCGCAGUGCCGAGAUCUCCCAUUUCCAUUUUUUACUGCCGUUUAAUUGUGUCAUUUUCAAGGGGCCUUUAUUCAUUUAAAAUGUCAUGAUCGUCCCGUAACCGUGUAAUUAUCAUUAUGGCGUCUGCCACUUACAGCGACAUCCAGGACACUGCUACAGAGAAGGACCGUCUGCUGUCGUCUGUGUCUGGAUAUGGCUCCCAGGACCGGAUCAGUGAUGGGGGCCCUCAUCUUGGUGGAGGACUGGGGGGCUGCGGCUUCCAGCAGCAGCAUGAGGAAGAGGAUGAGGAAGCUCUGCGAAGGAAACUCAAAUACUUCUUUAUGAGCCCAUGUGACAAAUUCCAUGCCAAGGGUCGCAAGCCUUUCAAACUGGGUCUACAGCUGCUGAAAAUCAUCAUUGUCACUGUGCAGCUGGUGCUUUUCGGCCUGAGCAACCAGAUGGUGGUGACAUUCAAGGAUGAAAAUACUGCAGCGUUUAAGCACCUUUUUCUGAAGGGUUACCAGGACAACAAUCCCCAGGAAGUGUACUCACAGGACCAGCUCUACAGUCACAUUCACUUCGCCAUAGAGCAGUACCUGGCUCUGCCUCAGAUCUCUUUGGGGCGGUAUGCGUACGUGCUGGGUGUCGGUUAUGAUGACAGUGCACUCUCCCUUUGUCAGAGGUACUUCAAGAGAGGCUCCAUAGACCCCGUCAAUGAUACAUUCGACAUUGACCCCCAUGUUGUCACCAAUUGCACUGGUGUGAAUCCUCACAAUUUUAAUCCUGCUCCUGGAAACAGUGAUUACAAGAAUUUUACUUUGAAAUUUUACAAGUUGAUCAACGUCACCAUUGACUUCCAGCUAAAGGCUAUAAACAUACAGACCAUUUUGAACAAUGAAAUACCAGACUGCUACACUUUUGCUAUUACGAUUGUCAUGGACAACCACGCUCACAGUGGGAAAGUCAAAAUUAGUCUGCACAACGACGCCUCCAUUAAAGAGUGUAAGGACCCCAAUGUUUCCGGUCAUGCUGAGAAUUACGCAAGAGAGUUCUUUGACAUCCUGGUGGCGAUAGUCUGUCUGCUGUCUCUGCUCCUGUGUGGACGCUCAAUUUUGAGGGGAAUUCUUCUGCAGCAUGAAUACGUGCAAUUUUUCAAACACAGAUUCGGUCGUCAUGUCCCCUGGUCGGACAGGUUGGAGUUUAUAAAUGGCUGGUAUAUUCUUCUUAUUAUCAGCGACCUAUUCACAAUCAUCGGGAGCUUUAUUAAAAUUGGAAUCGAGUCAAAGAAUAUUUCAUCAUACGAUGUUUGUGGAAUCCUGUUGGGAACAUCCACGCUGCUGGUGUGGGUUGGAGUCAUACGUUAUCUCAGCUUUUUUCAGAAAUAUAAUAUUCUGAUUGUCACACUAAGAGCUGCUUUUCCAAAUGUUAUCCGUUUUUGCUGCUGUGCUGCUGCCAUUUAUUUGGGAUACUGUUUUUGUGGCUGGAUUGUACUGGGACCAUAUCACACUAAGUUUCGGUCCCUGUCCAUGGUGUCAGAGUGCCUGUUCUCUCUAAUAAACGGAGAUGACAUGUUUGUGACGUUUGCGGAGAUGGAGCACAGCAGUCCUCUGGUGUGGAUCUUCAGCCAGAUCUACCUGUACACCUUCAUCUCCCUCUUCAUCUACAUGGUGCUGUCCCUCUUCAUCGCACUCAUCACUGGAGCCUACGACACCAUCAUGGCCCAAACACAGGAGCAGGUGCGCAUCACAGACCUCCAUGCUUUUAUCGCAGAGUGCACGGACACGCCCAGCUCCGGAAAGUUCAGAGGACCAGAGGGGACAUCCUGCUCUUUCCUCUGCUGCUGUGAGUAGUGACGAACAAAGAAAGACUACCUCCAUUUUCACUACACCCCCCACGGCCACAAUAUUAGCUACGCCUGUUUUCAGUGUUACUAGUAGCUAAUGGAGUCAUCACAUGGCAGCAUGUCAGUGAUUUUAGGCCACAAAUAAACCAAGUAAAACUUUAGAAUGAGCAUUGAAUAGAAAUUUUAAUUGUGUGGUAAUUUAAUAGACUUAUUUAAUAGAGUUAAUAAUAAUAAUAGUAGAGUAUUUAAGAAACUGCUGUUCUACUGAUAUUACUCAUAAUGCCCUCUCAGAGAAUGGCCAGAUAAUAUUGUAAUAGAACCAAAAGCAUUUCUUCUUAUUGCAAAAUUCUUCAUGGUUCAAUGGAAAAGCUUUGACCCACUGAAUCUUGUAUGCAGAGUAUAAUAGCUGGUCCUUCAUCUUUGCAGUUUGGUAUGGACAUUUUUUAUCUGAGUGAAUUUUCUUAUGUCUUAAAGAUAACUAAGGAAAAUUAUGCACACCCCAGAUCAGAUCUUAAAUUAUAAUUCUGUUAUAGCUGUACGUAUGUAUCCAUGGGUUAUACACUUUGAACGGGGAAAGGUCUUCAAAAAUGGAAGGAAUCAUUUGCCUGAAACCCUUGUAUAGUCCUAGUAGACCAGCUGUUUAAAUAAUAUUAAACGUACAAACUUGAUUAUGUUCGAGGAUGUUUGGCAUAUUUUAUUGCUUUUACACUUGUUGUUUGCAGGGUCUCAUUUGCAUUAACAUAGGCACAGGAAACUAGGUACAUUAGCAGCUACAUGAUAUCAGUAAUGGCUGCUAACGAAUGCUGACAGAUUUUUUUUUCCCUCAAAUCCUUCCACUUCAUUGACAGCCACACUCCCUCUCAUGUUUCUCAGUCCCCAGGCGGGACUUGAAUAAUGCCUUGAGAGCGAACUGUUCAACCUUGAAGCAGGUUGUCCUCUGUUGGCCAUGUCUGAAUUUUGCAUUUAUAUGAGCUCGGUGCACUAGCUCAAUCAUCGGCAUUGUACUGUAUAAAUAAUGCACUCUCUUUUGACAAAAGGUACAUUCAUUGAUCUUUUUAGGGCAAAAGAAUGUUGCUCAGUGCACAAUUAGUGUUAAUAUGCGAAGCUGCCUGUUUCAUGUUAGCAUACAUUUUAUCUGUGGCUUGACAAGAUAAAGACUGAAAAGGGAAAAUAGAAGCUUUUGAAAAACUACAUUCUGCAUAGUGGAUUUUGCCUCAAGGACGUGGCAUAAGAGAAGUUAGCCCUGCAGCCAAUCAGACAGCAUUAAUAUUUAUGAGGGUGGAGCCAGCUGACUGCGCUCUAAUGCAUUGAAAGACAUUUUAUGUAUGUGUGUACUUUCUGUAAUUCAAUGUUUUAGAGUUUAAAUUUGACUGUAAACCACAAUAGCACAAUUACAGUGAGAAAUUACUCUGAACUAGCAGAUUUUUUUAUUUGCAAAAGGAACCUAUAAUAUAAAUGAGUCUCUUAUUGAUAGGAUUGAAUUGGGACUGUACACAGCCUUAGGAAUUGUACAAAUACAGUAUAAUGUUCAGGAUAAUACUGUUACAUACUGUGUGUAUAUUCUCCGUUGUCAUGCUUUGUUUUGAGAUGGGAUCAUUUUCUUGAAAUGAAAUAAGCUUGUCAUUUCCAGUGCAAUAUAGAUUUACUUGAGUAUUAUUUUAAUGUCUGAUUUUUAAAUGAAUUUUAAAUGAAUGGCAUUACUUCUUACUUGAUUUUUGCAUGUUUUUAUUUUUACUUUUUUAUAAAUUAAAUGUACCAACAUAUUAUUGUCACUUUAUUGUCAUGUUCGUGAUGAAGAAAAUAGGCUUCUGUAACCUUUAUAUGUUAAUAAAUUACAAUGGCAUCAACACUA